GCCGCCUGUGCGGCUCCGACCGCUAGGAGCGAUCAGAUCACGAGAGUGAAUUCAUCCCAUCCUUUCAACAUCCAAGGUCUUUCCUCGAUUCAACCGACUGCUCUACCUCUCAGUCACCAUCUCCAACACAGGACAACCAAAAAUGACGUCGACUCAGAACCCUCUUCACAAUCUCGUCCUCACCCCGCAGCAACAAAGCCUGUUGUUUGCCGCCCUCAAUUCCAACAAGCCCAUCAACACACAAGCCGACCUCUCUGGUCUAUCCGCAAUGUACAACGGAACGUCUGCCCAAGGACUCGACCCUAUGGGUUUCCAGCACACCCCGAGUUUCGGUUACGACUACGGCCUUGAUGGACAACAUGAUCCCAACUUCGAUUUCAACUUCGACACUGGUGAUCAAUCCCACAUGACGGACGAUCGGUCCAAUGCUCCAAGUGAUUCCAAGUCGGGCUCCGCCGAUGUGGAGUCCCCCGACAAGCGCAGUCAUCCGGAUGACGACGAGGAGGAGAAUAGCGAACCAAAGAGGAGAGAGGGCGAGGGAAAAGUUGCCAAAAAGCCCGGCAGGAAGCCUCUUACCACUGAGCCCAGCUCGAAACGCAAGGCCCAGAAUCGAGCAGCUCAACGAGCGUUCAGAGAACGCAAAGAAAAGCACUUGAAGGACCUUGAAACCAAGGUCGAGGAGUUGAAGAAGAUCUCCGAGACUGCCAACCAUGAGAACGAAAUUCUUCGCAAGAAAAUGGAGAAGAUGAGUAACGAACUGAACGAGUACAAGAAGCGUCUAUCGUUGAUGACAGCUCGACCCCCGAUGGUAUCACCUCGGGCUAUGCCGUUCGGCAACUCCUUUGUCAACAACCUCAAUGAUGUCAACUUCCAGUUUGAAUUCCCCAAGUUUGGCGGUCCUCUUCCUGGACCACAAUCGGCAAAUCAGACCAAGAAGGGAACCCCUGUGUCGCCCCCUUUGUCUUCAACAGGUCGGCUGGAGCAACCCACGAAUGGCGUCAGCACCGGUACUACACCCAAUUACGGCCAAAUAGGCCUUGAUACACAAACCAAGGAAGACUUGGCCCAUUACUCGGCCGAUCUCUUCACACCUCAGUCCGCAAGAGGUGAGGGAGCGAACUUUUCGACCAGGGGAACAGAUUCUCAGUACCAUGCGGGGGCCGGCACAUCAACGAGUUCCCCAUCCUCUUGCGCUUCGAACAUGGGUGGCGCUAGCUCGUCGUGUGGCACCUCCCCAGAGCCUCUAACUCAUUCACCCGUCGGAUUGAAGUCAGUAGAUACGAUGGCCACAAUCGGAGAAGAGCAACCAGGCGUCAUUGGUUCAGGGCAGCCAGACUUUAAUACUUUUGGUGUUGACAACACUCUCAACUGGUUGCCUCAAGACAAUUUCCAGUUUGAUCCGCAGCUCUUCGGAGAUUACCGAGAGCCUCAGAACAACGUCCUCAACAAUGGAUUUGACGAUUGGUUGACCAAUGAUGCAUUCGAUGCGGAUUUCCUGGCACCGUAUAAUCUGCCGCCAACAGCUCCAGGACUGCUGCCACCACAACCCGAAGCAGAAUCACAACCACCGAAGAAGGAUCUCAUCGCUCAGAUCGAUGAGGUCAACGCAUCGGAUGAUGGAGUCAGAGAGCAACUUGAUUGCAACAAGAUCUGGGACAAAUUGCGCAGUUGCUCCAGUGUACAAAACCAAGAGAUUGACAUGGAUGCCUUGUGCUCCGAUCUGCAGAAGAAAGCAAAGUGCUCUGGCUAUGGUGCCGUGGUUGAUGAGAAGGAGUUCAAGAGUGUUCUGAAAAAGCACCUAAGUCCCGAAGCAAUGGCGAGGUGCGAGAAGGACUGUGAAGAGGAAAAGGCACGAAAAGCAGCUGCCACACUGUAGGAGUGGCUCGCUUACAUGUUCAUGACUGCAUAGAGAAAGUUUUCUCUUGAUUCAGAACUACGUCUUCACGAGUACACUUGUCUCGAUUUCUCAGGUGGCAUCCCACGAUGGAUGGCAUUUUCUUCUUCCUCGCAAGACGGGUUUUAUUCGGAUCUCAAAGUUGGACAAAUCUUGGACGGUCCUGCCUCCAUUGGCUCGUUUACAAUCAAGCGUGGGAACACAUCACGAAUACUGGCUAGGAGUUUAUAAGAUACCGGAGCAUUUACAGCGUUGGGAAAACGGGCUUCUAGGUCCUGGACGGGUCGAGAGCGUGGCCGGUUACUCUUUCCUUCUGGUAGCAUGGGUCACUCGGUUGACGCACUCAAUGAGAAUACUCAUGCUGGUAUGCGAAUGGGCAGUCCAUUGUUGGAUGUCAUAAAACCACGGAGGUGCGCUUGGACUUCACAGUAACUAGUAGGAUAGUGAGGGGACCCGGAGUUUUGUCGGCUUUUUGAUCUUUACCAAGGGUCGGUCUCGAAUUGGACCACAUGACUUUGAGUCAACGGGUUUAGGAUUGCAUACGGCUUUGAGCGGAAUGGUAUCUAUCUCAUUGUAUCCCAAUAAACCACGCUUUUCCUUGCUAAUGAAGCAUGAUAUCAGUAGUCAAGCUAGAAAUAAUUAGUGUUCAGU